AUGGCGGCGGCGGCGGGAGAAGGCGGUGGCGGCGAAGGGGGCGCGGGACUGGGCGGCGCGUCCGGGCUGGGGUCGGAAACCGGGCCGCGCGGACCGGGCUUCUCCGCCGAGGCGCGCGAGGGCGCCCGGGGCCCCUCGUCCGCCGCGCUGGACCCCGAGGAGGUCGCCGCGCGGCUGCAGCGGAUGCGGCGGGAGCUGAACAACCGCAGGAAAAUCCUGGUGAAAAACCUGCCCCAGGACAGCAACUGCCAGGAAGUUCAUGAUUUGUUACAAGACUAUGAGUUAAAGUAUUGUUAUGUGGACAGAAAUAAACGAACAGCUUUUGUUACUUUAUUGAAUGGGGAACAAGCCCAGAGUGCAAUUCAGAUGUUUCAUCAGUACUCCUUUCGAGGAAAAGAUUUAGUAGUUCAGCUCCAGCCUACAGAUGCUUUGCUGUGUAUUACCAACCUGCCCAUUUCUUUUACAUUAGAGGAGUUUGAAGAACUUGUUCGUGCUUAUGGAAAUAUUGAAAGGUGUUUUCUAGUCUACAGUGAAGUUACUGGCCAUUCCAAGGGCUAUGGAUUUGUGGAAUACAUGAAAAAGGACUUCGCUGCAAAGGCUAGAUUGGAGCUAUUGGGUAAACAGUUGGGAACAUCAGCUCUCUUUGCACAGUGGAUGGAUGUUAAUCUAUUGGCCUCGGAGCUCAUUCAUUCUAAGUGCCUUUGUAUAGAUAAACUCCCUAGUGACUAUAGGGAUUCAGAGGAGCUGUUGCACUUUUUUUCCAGUAUCCAUAAACCUGUGUUUUGCCAGCUCGCACAGGAUGAAGGUAGUUACGUUGGUGGCUUUGCAGUGGUUGAAUAUAACACCGCAGAACACGCCGAAGAGGUUCAGCAAGCAGCUGAUGGCAUGACCAUCAAGGGAAGCAAAGUCCAGGUUUCCUUCUGUGCCCCAGGAGCGCCAGGGCGAAGCACAUUAGCAGCAUUGAUAGCAGCUCAACGUGUGAUGCACAGUAGUCAAAAGGGCUUACUUCCAGAGCCAAAUCCCGUACAAAUUAUGAAAAGUUUAAACAACCCUGCCAUGUUACAAGUUCUUCUACAACCCCAGCUAUGUGGACGAGCUGUUAAACCAGCAGUUCUUGGAACACCUCACAGCUUGCCACAUCUGAUGAAUCCAUCCAUCUCCCCUGCAUUUUUACAUUUGAAUAAAGCACAUCAGAGCUCAGUCAUGGGUAAUACUUCUAAUUUAUUUCUUCAGAAUCUUUCUCAUGUACCAUUGGCACAGCAACAAUUAAUGAAGUUUGAGAAUGUCCAUACUAAUAAUAAACCUGGCUUACUUGGAGAACCCCCAGCUAUGGUACUUCAGACUGCACUAGGGGUAGGGUCAGCACUUCCAUUGAAAACGGAGUUGGGGCACCAUGGAGAAGCACAUAAAACAUCUAACCUGAUUCCAACUCAAACAACUGUAACAGCUGGAAUGGGCAUGUUACCAUUCUUUCCAAAUCAGCUCAUUGUUGGACAGGCUGGGCCAGUGCACAGCAAUACUCAGGAGAAACAGCCAGCCACGGUGGGAAUGGCAGAAGGAACUUUCUCAGGGUCGCAGGCUUAUCUUCAGAGCUUUCCGAAUCUUACUGCCGGAGGCUUGCUGACAGGACACCAUAAGCAGCAGCAAAGUCAACCAAAAGGCACCGAAAUAAGUUCAGGGGCUGUCUCUGAGAAUCAGACUUCACUCUUAGGAGAACCACCAAAAGAAAUUCGGCUCAGUAAGAAUCCAUACUUGAACCUGGCGAGCGUGCUGCCCAGUGUGUGCUUAUCAUCCCCUGCAAGUAAAACCACUGUACAGAAGACGGGAAUUGCAAGCAACAUUCUGGAUGCAAUCUCUCAGGGAAAUGAAUCACAACACACACUGGAAAAGUGCAUUGCUUAUUCUCAACCUUUUGGUGACUAUGCACAGGUGUCAUCUUUAAGAAAUGAAAAGCGAGGCUCGUCAUAUCUUCUCUCUGCCCCUGAAAGUGGUUCCGUGAAAUUUGCUGACCAGCAUUCUCAGGGCACAGGAGCUUAUUACAUGGAAACCUACUUAAAGAAGAAGCGAGUGUACUGAGUGAAGGUCUCUCCUUACAACCUCCUAAGGUCCCUUGCAGUACCUCUGCUAUUCAUCGCUGCCUUAACUUCAUUCAAACUAGCCAUAUCCUUUAAAUACGGGUUUAUAAUUUCCCAGAAGUAACUGUGUUGUGCAGCAGGCAGAACCGCCAAAUGAAAAAUAAGUAGCAAUAAGAAGAGACACCCAUUGAGAACAUUUUCCAGUAGAAUUAAACACAUCUGAAUCAAUGUGACAUUAACUUACAGUCCAUUGGAGAAAUUAACAACGUUUCAGUAUUCCUUGUUUUAGGACUGGGAAUAAUUUUGACACCAUAUAUAAAAGUCUGAAGCAAUAAAUAGGAAACGAUCUUGUUUCCUGAGCCUUAGAAGAAUGAGUUUCUUACAAGCCAAUGUGCAUUUCAAUUUGCUCUCCCUAGAAGUAAUCUCGUUUAUAGAUCUUUAAAACUUUUCCUAGAACUACAAAAGUGCAAGUACCAAAUGCAGUGACGGUGAUGUCACAAAGAUGCUCUACAUGCAAACUAAAUUACUACCCAUACACCAGCCAUGCAAUAGAAAACCCGAACACAGACUGACAGUGAUGUCCAAAGUACAUGCCACACAACAGAUGCUUUACUGUUGAUUUAUUAUUUAGCAUUUAUACCUUUUGUGAAAAACAGGUAUUUUAAGAAAAGUAGUUUUGUGAUUUCAUACAGGAGUUGGCAGACUCUGCCCUGUGGGCCAAAUUCGUCCACCACCUGUUUUUGCACUGCCGGUGAGCUAAGAAUGAGUUUACAUUUUUAAAUGGUUAGAGGAGAAAAGAAAAUUUAUGAUAUGUGAAGUUUAUAUGAAAUUCAAAUUUCAGUGUCCGUAAAUAAGAUUUUCUUGG